AUUUCAUAUGUUUUUAGAAUAAGUUAAGGGUUUGACAGAUAUAUCCGAUAGACUUCAGCAAAUCUAACGAUGUGGGCGAUUUUAUAAAUGCAUCCCCUGCGGACGCCUCUGCUUGUUUUGGUAUUAUUUUUCACCAUCAAUGGCAGCGUUGCCAGAUCCCCAAAGGCGUCCGGGAAAAUAAAAACAAAAGAUUGCAGGCCACAGACUCGAGGACGCAGUAAAAAUGUCGAUGAUUCCCUUCUUUCCCACGCUUAAAGUCUCCGUUGCGAAUCGCUACUGGCUGGACAUGGCUCCGGCUUCCGUUAGCGAGGAAGCCCAGACCCGGCGCUAUGAGGAUGAACGCAGCAACUGGCGGGAGUCGCUUAAAACAGCUGGCACAGAUCUCCAGCCCCUAGGCAAGAUGCUCACAAUUCCAGGAAUAGAGACUGACGACGAGGACGCUAACGACGACAGCGAGGACACGGAUAGCCACGACGAGGAGGACGAAGAGACAAACGACCGCGUUAUUCCAGUCACACAGGACUUCUACUCCGCUGACGACAUCCAGAUGAAUGACGAGACCUCGCCCACAGCCCCCUGAAUCGGAUGCAAGAGGCACCGGCUGGUGGAUACACAAUUAGUUAUUUAUUCUCGCGUCACACAUCGAUCCCUUUACAAACUGUAAUAACAAGUGUCGUUUACUUUAGGCUUAAAUAAACUAAAACAUAGUAAGCAAG